AUGGCGCUCGCUCCAGUGCGCCCAUACCGCGACUAUCUGACGCCAGCUCUGCACCGAAGAUUCAAUAAAGCCAGCAGAUAUACGCUGUUGCUGUUUCUGUGGCUUUGUUUCCCAUUAAGCCUCACGGGCAUUCGCACCCUUCUCCUCUUCCUCUCCGCCAUUACCAUUUACGUCCUCCGUGUUGCGCAAUGGCAUGUCGGCAAGCGCCACACUGAGACGCGAGCAGAAACCUUUAAGAAAUACUUCUUCCGGGUGUCGACGCUCGUGACUCUCUUCGCCUAUAGCUUCUCCGCCAUGAUGUUCGUCGAGACAUAUAUUUGGUCGCGGGGUCCAAAAGACAGGCUGAACUUCAUCGAGGCUGGGCGCAUGCACGAACGAUAUAGGCUCAACGAGCGUCCGUUGUACCUGCGGUCGCUGUUCUACAUGCUGGCUGCGGUGCAGUCUGCCGUACAUCUGUGGAAGGACUACGACACCAUUGACGUGCCGGCUAUGAAGCCCGAGAAGAAGCACGGCGACGCGACAGGAUCGGGACCAGCGCGACGGGCACCCAAGCCCAGGCAUGUCCUUCCAAAGCAGUUCAAGGGCAUGGCUUUUCAGUCGAGCUUCCUUACUGUAGUCAUCGCCAUACUGGGAGGUCUACUCUAUUUCACAUUGGCACGUCACGUAGUCUGGGGCUACUACUACAGCGUCGGUCGAUACCUCUGGAGCUUAUCCAAGACCUCUACGCCGACCGGAAUAGCUCCUUUCUUGCCUUUAUGCUUCAUGUUCCUGACAGAGGGUACGCUGCUUGUUUUGCUCUGGGAGUUUGUCAACAAAACAUUUGACAUAUAUAUGGCCCAGGAGCCGCUGAAGAACGACCAACCAAUCACGAAUGACUCAAAAGACCCCAACGGUUCUCUACUCCAGGGGCUUAAGUCGAAGAAGGAUACCGUCAAGGCAAGGAGCACCGCAUUCUCUAGAGCUUCUCAACCUAACAGAUUACAGGCAAUCGCAUUCUGGGAGCUGGCCCUCAUCACCGAUGCUUUCCCUGACCGCCGCAAGACCAUCUACAGCGAGAUCGAUCGCAGCAAAGGGGCCACUUUCAAGCAAGCUACGGAUCGCUGUCUAGAUGAAGUCAAGUUCCUCACCCACCGCAUUAGUACUGCCCUAGACCCUACAUACAACCCCCCUGCUGGAGACGGAAAGGAGCAACCAGCCGUGCCCGUUAACCUGGUACCACGGAUCUCGCAACCACCAAAGGAUGACACGGCCGUCACUGCUGUAGCACCGAUACCCAGCACCGGUCUAGGACACUUCAAGGCAGCAGUGGCCGGUCUCGCAAACUCACACAGCACCCCGGGCAACGCACAGCACGCGUACAGCCGGGAAGCCAUCAGACAAGGAGUCAAGAAAGCACAAGAAGGCGCAAAAGAGGUAGGGGGCCUCUGGACAAAAUACUACAACAUGUUUGUUUCCGCACCCGUUGGCGCACUGUUCCGCUAUUCUCUCGCCCGCACAUGCAACAUUGUAGUCCUCGGUGCGCCUUAUUCACGCAUCUCACUCAUCUGCAACGCCAUCACCGCUGUGGUGAACCUCGCUGUCCUCUCCAUCACAGAGGAUGCCUUCGGUCGCUAUCACCAGUGCGUCCCAGAGAUAAUUCGCGUCUUUACUUCGGCGCUCGUCAAGCUAGAUGAGUACAUGGAAACAGUACCUAUCCACUGGAGCGACAAGGAGACACUGGAGAAGGACGAGGCAGAUAGGAGAAAGGUGGCCGAGGUGGAGGAAGUCAGGGCCUGUUUGAGGGAGGGCCUGAAGAAGGUGUUGGGUAGCUUCAUCGAGUAUCUUCCUAAUUUGGGCAUGAAUAGAUUGGAGAUUAUGGAUGCAAAAAAGGCGCUUAGUGCGGCGAAGAAAGAGCCGGAGAUGAUUGAGAAGGGUGGUAGAUGA